AGAGCCUGAAGAUUAUGAGCCAGCUGAAGAUUUUGAUGCAUAUAAUGAGACUCAUUUAUCUACUAGAGUUCACAGGUCAUUUGAAAGUAGCACUAUCAAGCAGUCUACUGUUAGUAGUACACUUGUAUCAAGAACUGAGCAGCUAAUGUCAACAAAGACAUAUGAUUCUGAGGAAGAUUAUGAACCAGACGAAAUUAAGGAAAUACUAGGUGAUGAGCCAGAACCUAGAGAUGGAGAUAAGGAACCUAGGAGAUCUAGCCCACGUAGGCCAGGAGAAAAGCCUGAUGCCAAAAGAAUUAGUCCCAAUGAUGCAGGUAAAGAACCAAAGAAAGGUAGCCCAGGUGACAAAGAUAAAGAGCCCAGAAAAAUCAGUCCUGGAAGACCUGGUGAAAGAGACAAAGAACCCAGAAAAAUUAGCCCUGGAAGACCUGGUGAUAGAAACAAAGAACCUAGGAAGGAUAGUCCAGGAAGGCCAAGUGACAAAGACAAGGAACCCAAAAAAGUUGGAAGGCCAAGUGAAACAGGGAAAGAACCCAGGAAGUAUAGUCCUGGAAGACCGGGUGAGAAAGACAAAGAACCUAGAAAGGUUAUUCCUGGCAAGCCAAGUGAUAAAGAGAAAGAUCCUAGAAAGGUUAGUCCUAGGAAACCUAGUAAACCAGAUGAUGAAGAGCCAGUUUCAGGUGAUGAUUCUGAUACACAUGAGUUGUCUACAACCGUACGAAAAACAUAUGAAACUAGUGACAUCAGGCGAUCCGCUGUUAGCAGAGCAGUGGUUUCUCGAACAGAGAAAAUUCUGACCAGCCACAUAACUGAGUCUGAUGAGGAGCUCAAAAAAAUACGAAGACCAAGAGAAGAAUCUCCAGAGAAACCAGACAAGAAAACAUUGAGCAGAGAACCAGUUGAUGAUGAAAGAGAGCCUGCCAAACGAAAGCCAAGCAAACCAGGUGAUCGGCCAGAGAAGGGAAGCGUGAAACCUGGAGAUGGGAAGAUGAGUCCUAGAAAACCGGGUGACGAACCAGAAGUUACGAAAAAGAAACCAGGAAGACCAGGAGAAACAGACACAGGUAAAAGACCGAGUAAAGAUAAGCCUGGUAGGCCUGAUGAUGAUAAUGUAAGGAAAAAACCAGGUAGACCAGGUGAAGAGCCUGAAUAUAUGAGGAGAAAACCAAGCAAGCCAGGCGAGGAAGAACCGGAAGAUGUUAGGAGACCACGCAAACCUGGAAAGCCUGAUGAAAAAGAGCCUGAAGAUGUCAAGAGGAAGCCGGGCAGGCCAGGCGACGAAGAACCAGAAGAUAUUAGGAGACCAGGAGAUGAAGAGCCAGAAGACACGAGGGAAAGACCAGAUAAGCCAGGUGAACCUGAUACUUACGACACUGAGAUAAAUGUCACAAGAAGGGAAACCUUAGAGAGGAGUGCUGUUCAAAGAUCCACCAUUAGUACUGUGGUAUCUAGAACAGACGAAUUUGUGACAAGCCAAAUCAUUGAUUUUGAGAAUGUAGAAGAUACAAAAUCUGUGCGGAAACCAAAGGAAGGAGCUCCUGGAAAGAAAACCAUAAAACCAAUUAGUGGAAAGCCAGGGGUCACAAAGAAAGUAAGUAGACCAGGUAAUGAAGAACCUGAGGAUAUCAAGAAACAUCCAGGCAAAACAGGGAAGCCUGGUAGGCCGAGUGACAAAGAACCAGAGGAAACCAUAAGAAGACCAGGCAAACCUGGAAAGCCAGAUAAUGAGAAACCUGAAGAUAGCAAAAAGAGACCAAGCAAACCUGGUAAGCCAGGUAAGGAUGAGCCUGAAGAUCUUAAGAGGAGGCCAGGGAAGCCAGGUAGGCCAGGCGAAGAAUCUGAAGACAUAAGUAGGAGACCAGGCAAGCCUGGAAGGCCAGGAGAGGAAGAGCCUGAAGACGUAAGGAGGAGACCAGGCAAGCCUGGAAGGCCAGGAGAGGAAGAGCCUGAUGACGUGAGGAGGAGACCAGGCAAGCCUGGAAGGCCAGGAGAAGAAGAGCCUGAUGACGUGAGGAGGAGACCAGGCAAGCCUGGAAGGCCAGGAGAGGAAGAGCCUGAAGACGUAAGGAGGAGACCAGGCAAGCCUGGAAGGCCAGGAGAGGAAGAGCCUGACGAUGUAAGCAGGAGACCAGGCAAGCCUGGAAGGCCAGGAGAGGAAGAGCCUGAAGACGUAAGGAGGAGACCAGGCAAGCCUGGAAGGCCAGGAGAGGAAGAGCCUGAAGACGUAAGGAGGAGACCAGGCAAGCCUGGAAGGCCAGGAGAGGAAGAGCCUGAUGACGUGAGGAGGAGACCAGGCAAGCCUGGAAGGCCAGGAGAGGAAGAGCCUGAUGACGUGAGGAGGAGACCAGGCAAGCCUGGAAGGCCAGGAGAGGAAGAGCCUGAUGACGUAAACAGGAAACCAGGCAAGCCUGGAAGGCCAGGAGAGGAAGAGCCUGAAGACGUGAGGAGGAGACCAGGCAAGCCUGGAAGGCCAGGAGAGGAAGAGCCUGAUGAUGUAAGCAGGAAACCAAGCAAGCCUGGGAGGCCAGGAGAGGAAGAGCCUGAAGACGUAAGAAGGAGACCAGGCAAGCCCGGAAGGCCAGGAGAGGAAGAGCCUGAAGACGUAAGGAGAAGACCAGGCAAGCCUGGAAGGCCAGGAGAGGAAGAGCCUGAUGAUGUGAGGAGGAGACCAGGCAAGCCUGGAAGGCCAGGAGAGGAAGAGCCUGAAGACGUAAGGAGAAGACCAGGCAAGCCUGGAAGGCCAGGAGAGGAAGAGCCUGAAGACGUAAGGAGAAGGCCAGGAGAGGAAGAGCCUGAUGAUGUGAGGAGGAUACCAGGCAAGCCUGGAAGGCCAGGAGAGGAAGAGCCUGAAGACCUAAAGAGGAGACCAAGCAAGCCUGGAAGGCCAGGAGAGGAAGAGCCUGAUGAUGUGAGGAGGAUACCAGGCAAGCCUGGAAGGCCAGGAGAGGAAGAGCCUGAAGACUUAAAGAGGAGACCAAGCAAGCCUGGAAGGCCAGGAGAGGAAGAGCCUGAAGACCUAAAGAGGAGGCCAAGCAAGCCCGGAAGACCAGACGAGGAAGAACCUGAAGACCUAAAGAGGAGGCCAAGCAAGCCCGGAAGACCAGAUGAGGAAGAACCUGAGUUAACAAUAACAAGAAGAGAAACCUUAGAAAGGAGUACCAUUCAAAGGUCCACAGUUAGUAGUACUAUGAUUUCGAAAACAGAUGAAUUUAUUACAAGUCAGACCAUUGACUUCGAAGAACCUGAAGAUUUUAUAAAUAGACCAAGAAGGCCAGGAGAGGAAGAGCCUAAAGAAGUAAGCAGGAAACCAGGCAAGCCUGGAAAGCCAGGAGAGGAAGAGCCUGAAGACGUAAGGAGGAGACCAGGCAAGCCUGGAAGGCCAGGAGAGGAAGAGCCUGAUGACGUGAGAAGACCAGGCAAGCCUGGAAGGCCAGGAGAGGAAGAGCCUGAUGACGUAAGCAGGAAACCAGGCAAGCCUGGAAGGCCAGGAGAGGAAGAGCCUGAAGACCUAAAGAGGAGACCAGGCAAGCCUGGAAGGCCAGGAGAGGAAGAGCCUGAUGACGUGAGGAGGAGACCAGGCAAGCCUGGAAGGCCAGGAGAGGAAGAGCCUGAUGACGUGAGGAGGAGACCAGGCAAGCCUGGAAGGCCAGGAGAGGAAGAGCCUGAUGACGUAAGCAGGAAACCAGGCAAGCCUGGAAGGCCAGGAGAGGAAGAGCCUGAAGACCUAAAGAGGAGACCAGGCAAGCCUGGAAGGCCAGGAGAGGAAGAGCCUGAUGACGUGAGGAGGAGACCAGGCCAGCCUGGAAGGCCGGGAGAGGAAGAGCCUGAUGACGUAAGGAGGAGACCAGGCAAGCCUGGAAGGCCAGGAGAGGAAGAGCCUGAUGCUGUAAAGAGGAGACCAGGCAAGCCCGGAAGGCCAGGAGAGGAAGAGCCUGAAGACCUAAAGAGGAGACCAGGCAAGCCUGGAAGGCCAGGAGAGGAAGAGCCUGAUGACGUAAGGAGAAGACCAGGCAAGCCUGGAAGGCCAGGAGAGGAAGAGCCUGAAGACCUAAAGAGGAGACCAGGCAAGCCUGGAAGGCCAGGAGAGGAAGAGCCUGAUGACGUGAGGAGGAGACCAGGCAAGCCUGGAAGGCCAGGAGAGGAAGAGCCUGAAGACGUGAGGAGGAGACCAGGCAAGCCUGGAAGGCCAGGAGAGGAAGAGCCUGAUGACGUAAGGAGGAGACCAGGCAAGCCUGGAAGGCCAGGAGAGGAAGAGCCUGAAGACGUGAGGAGGAGACCAGGCAAGCCUGGAAGGCCAGGAGAGGAAGAGCCUGAAGACGUAAGGAGGAGACCAGGCAAGCCUGGAAGGCCAGGAGAGGAAGAGCCUGAAGACGUAAGGAGGAGACCAGGCAAGCCUGGAAGGCCAAGAGAGGAAGAGCCUGAUGAUGUAAGCAGGAAACCAAGCAAGCCUGGAAGACCAGGAGAGGAAGAGCCUGAAGAUGUAAGGAGAAGACCAGGCAAGCCUGGAAGGCCAGGAGAGGAAGAGCCUGAAGACGUAAGGAGGAGACCAGGCAAGCCUGGAAGGCCAGGAGAGGAAGAGCCUGAAGACGUGAGGAGAAGACCAGGCAAGCCUGGAAGGCCAGGAGAGGAAGAGCCUGAUGAUGUGAGGAGAAGACCAGGCAAGCCUGGAAGGCCAGGAGAGGAAGAGCCUGACGAUGUAAGCAGGAGACCAGGCAAGCCUGGAAAGCCAGGAGAGGAAGAGCCUGAUGACGUGAGGAGGAGACCAGGCAAGCCUGGAAGGCCAGGAGAGGAAGAGCCUGAAGACCUAAAGAGGAGACCAGGCAAGCCUGGAAAGCCAGGAGAGGAAGAGCCUGAAGACGUAAGCAGGAAACCAGGCAAGCCUGGAAGGCCAGGAGAGGAAGAGCCUGAUGACGUAAACAGGAAACCAGGCAAGCCUGGAAGGCCAGGAGAGGAAGAGCCUGACGAUGUAAGCAGGAGACCAAGCAAGCCUGGAAGGCCAGGAGAGGAAGAGCCUGAAGACGUAAGGAGGAGACCAGGCAAGCCUGGAAGGCCAGGAGAGGAAGAGGAAGAGCCUGAUGACGUGAGGAGGAGACCAGGCAAGCCUGGAAGGCCAGGAGAGGAAGAGCCUGAAGACGUAAGGAGAAGACCAGGCAAGCCUGGAAGGCCAGGAGAGGAAGAGCCUGAAGACGUAAGGAGGAGACCAGGCAAGCCUGGAAGGCCAGGAGAGGAAGAGCCUGAAGACGUGAGGAGGAGACCAGGCAAGCCUGGAAGGCCAGGAGAGGAAGAGCCUGACGAUGUAAGCAGGAGACCAGGCAAGCCUGGAAGGCCAGGAGAGAAAGAGCCUGAUGACGUGAGGAGGAGACCAGGCAAGCCUGGAAGGCCAGGAGAGGAAGAGCCUGAUGACGUAAACAGGAAACCAGGCAAGCCUGGAAGGCCAGGAGAGGAAGAGCCUGACGAUGUAAGCAGGAGACCAGGCAAGCCUGGAAGGCCAGGAGAGAAAGAGCCUGAUGACGUGAGGAGGAGACCAGGCAAGCCUGGAAGGCCAGGAGAGGAAGAGCCUGAUGACGUGAGGAGACCAGGCAAGCCUGGAAGGCCAGGAGAGGAAGAGCCUGAUGACGUAAGGAAGAGACCAGGAAGACCAGAUGAACCUGAUACAUAUGAGGAAACUGAGUUUUCUAUAACGAGAAGGGAAAUUUUAGAGAGAAAUGCAGUCCAAAGAUCAACAGUAAGUACUACUUUGGAGGCAAGAACAGAUGAAUCUGUGAUAAGCCAAAUCACCGAGUUCGAAGAACCUGAAGAUAUAAAGAGAAGGCCAAGCAGACCAGGGAAGCCUGGUAAACCAGGUGAUAAGGAACCUGUGGAGAGUAAAAGGAGACCAGGAAGGCCAGGAGAGGAGGAACCUGAAGAUGAGAGAAAACCAGGCAAACCUGAUGGCAUUACAAGGAGACCGGGCAGGCCAGAUGAGGAGAAACCUGGGGAUAUUAGGAGGAGACCGAGCAGGCCAGGUGAGGAACCUGAAACUGACGAUAUUACGAGACGUUAUGACUUGACUACAUAUGAUGACAUAUCUAGAACUGAAGUUGUACAGGAAACAUUAGUACAGAGGAGCAUUGAGGAAACAUCUUUCCGUAGCACAGUUGUAAGUGAGGCUGUUGUUUUGGAUGAUACAGUAUAUUAUGUAAGUGAAGAGUACACCAGUGAAACAAGUGAAGAGGAAGUAGAUGAAGAAACUGAAACUGAUAAACCAAAGAAGAAACGUUCGCCAAAUGACAUUUCUAAAAAGAAAACGAGGGAGACAGAGAAACGUCCAAAGAGAAGACCAGAAGAUGUGAAGGCUAGGCCAGGCAAGCCUGAUGAAAAGGAACCCACAGGCAUUAAAAAGAGACCGGGCAAGCCAGGCGAAAAGGAACCAGAUGAGAUUAGGAGAAGACCAGGUAGGCCAGGUGAUAAGGAACCUGACGAUGAUAAGAGAAGACCAAGCAGGCCAGGUGAUAAAGAGCCAGAAGACAUUAAGAAAAAGCCAGGCCGGCCAGGUGAUGAGCCUGGAGACAUAAGGAAAAGACCAGGUAAACCGGGAGAUAAAGAACCUGUGGAUGUUAAAGGGAGACCAGCAAGACCAGGUGACAAAGAGCCCGAGGAUACUAAGAGAAAACCAGGAAGACCAAGUGGCAGUAAGCCAGAAGAUACUAAGAAGAGACCAGGAAAACCAGCAGAUAAAGAACCUGUGAAAGGAAAGCUAGCCAGGCCGGCUAAACCCGGUGAACCAGGGGAGGAAGAGCCUGAGGACAUUAAGAGGCGACCAGGCAGGGUGGGUGAAAAGAAACCAGAUGACAUUAAGAGGAAACCUAGUAGGCCAGGUGAGAAAAAACCCGAGGACACAGAUAGAAGACCAGGCAAGCCAGGUGAAGAACCUGAAAGUAUUAAAAGAAGGCCAGUCAAGCCAGGUGAGGAAGAAACUGAUGAUAUUAGGGGGCGACCUGGUAGGCCAGGUGAGGAAGAACCUGAAGAUGUUAAAAGAAGGCCAGGCAGGCCAGGUGAGGAAGAGCCUGAAGACAUUAGGAGACGACCAGGCAGGCCAGGUAAGGAAGAACCCGAAGGUAUUAAGAAAAGGCCAGGUAAACCAGGCGAGGAAGAACCUGAUGAUAUUAGGAGGCGACCAGGCAGGCCAGGCGAGGAAGAACCUGAAGACAUCAGGAGGAGACCAGGCAGGCCAGGUGAGGAAGAACCUGAUGAUAUUAGGAGGCGACCAGGCAGGCCAGGCGAGGAAGAACCUGAAGACAUCAGGAGGAGACCAGGCAGGCCAGGUGAAAAGGAACCUGAAGACAUUAAGAGAAGACCAGGCAGGCCAGGCGAGGAAGAACCUGAUGAUAUUAGGAGGCGACCAGGCCGGCCAGGCGAGGAAGAACCUGAAGACAUCAGGAGGAGACCAGGCAGGCCAGGUGAAAAGGAACCUGAAGACAUUAAGAGAAGACCAGGCAGGCCAGGCGAGGAAGAACCUGAUGAUAUUAGGAGGCGACCAGGCAGGCCAGGUGAGGAAGAACCUGAUGAUAUUAGGAGGCGACCAGGCAGGCCAGGUGAGGAAGAACCUGAUGAUAUUAAGAGGCGACCAGGCAGGCCAGGCGAGGAAGAACCUGAUGAUAUUAGGAGGCGACCAGGCAGGCCAGGUGAGGAAGAACCUGAAGACAUUAAGGGAAGACCAGGCAGGCCAGGUGAAAAGGAACCUGAAGAUAUCAAGAGGAGACCAGGCAGGCCAGGUGAGGAAGAGCCUGAUGAUAUUAGGAGGCGACCAGGCAGGCCAGGUGAGGAAGAACCUGAUGAUAUUAGGAGGAGACCAGGCAGGCCAGGCGAGGAAGAACCUGAUGAUAUUAGGAGGCGACCAGGCAGGCCAGGUGAAAAGGAACCUGAGGACAUUAAGGGAAGACCAGGCAGGCCAGGUGAAAAGGAACCUGAAGAUAUCAAGAAGAGACCAGGCAGGCCAGGUGAGGAAGAGCCUGAUGAUAUUAGGAGGCGACCAGGCAAGCCAGGCGAGGAAGAACCUGAUGAUAUUAGGAGGCGACCAGGCAGGCCAGGUGAGGAAGAACCUGAUGAUAUUAGGAGGCGACCAGGCAGGCCAGGUGAAAAGGAACCUGAGGACAUUAAGGGAAGACCAGGCAGGCCAGGUGAAAAGGAACCUGAAGAUAUCAAGAAGAGACCAGGCAGGCCAGGUGAGGAAGAACCUGAUGAUAUUAGGAGGCGACCAGGCAGGCCAGGUGAGGAAGAGCCUGAUGAUAUUAGGAGGCGACCAGGCAGGCCAGGUGAGGAAGAGCCUGAUGAUAUUAGGAGGCGACCAGGCAGGCCAGGUGAGGAAGAGCCUGAAGAUAUUAGGAGGCGACCAGGCAGGCCAGGUGAGGAAGAACCUGAUGAUAUUAGGAGGCGACCAGGCAGGCCAGGUGAAAAGGAACCUGAGGACAUUAAGGGAAGACCAGGCAGGCCAGGUGAAAAGGAACCUGAAGAUAUCAAGAAGAGACCAGGCAGGCCAGGUGAGGAAGAACCUGAUGAUAUUAGGAGGCGACCAGGCAGGCCAGGUGAGGAAGAACCUGAUGAUAUUAGGAGGCGACCAGGCAGGCCAGGUGAGGAAGAGCCUGAAGACAUUAGGAGGCGACCAGGCAGGCCAGGUGAGGAAGAACCUGAUGAUAUUAGGAGGCGACCAGGCAGGCCAGGUGAGGAAGAACCUGAUGAUAUUAGGAGGCGACCAGGCAGGCCAGGUGAAAAGGAACCUGAAGACAUUAAGGGAAGACCAGGCAGGCCAGGUGAAAAGGAACCUGAAGAUAUCAAGAGGAGACCAGGCAGGCCAGGUGAGGAAGAACCUGAUAUUAGGAGGCGACCAGGCAGGCCAGGUGAGGAAGAACCUGAUGAUAUUAGGAGGCGACCAGGCAGGCCAGGUGAGGAAGAACCUGAUGAUAUUAGGAGGCGACCAGGCAGGCCAGGUGAAAAGGAACCUGAAGACAUUAAGGGAAGACCAGGCAGGCCAGGUGAAAAGGAACCUGAAGAUAUCAAGAAGAGACCAGGCAGGCCAGGCGAAAAGGAACCUGAAGAUAUCAAGAAGAGACCAGGCAGGCCAGGUGAAAAGGAACCUAAAGACAUUAAGGGAAGACCAGGCAGGCCAGGUGAAAAGGAACCUGAAGAUAUUAAGAGAAGACCAGGCAGGCCAGGCGAAAAGGAACCUGAAGAUAUCAAGAGGAGACCAGGCAGGCCAGGUGAAAAGGAACCUGAAGAUAUCAAGAAGAGACCAGGCAGGCCAGGCGAAAAGGAACCUGAAGAUAUUAAAAAGAGACCAGGCAGGCCAGGUGAAAAGGAACCUGAGGACAUUAAGGGAAGACCAGGCAGGCCAGGUGAGGAAGAACCUGAAGACAUUAAGAGAACACCGGGCAGGCUAGGUGAGAAGCCAGGAGAUGAAGAACCUGAGUAUACGAGGAGAACAGGUUUGCCAGAUGAAGAAGAACCUGGGGAUAUUGUGAAAAGACCAGGCAAGCCAAGUAGGCCAGAUGAGGAAGAACCAGAAGAUAUUAAAAGAAAACCAAGCAGGCCUAGUAGGCCAGAUGAGGAAGAACCAGAAGAUAUUAAAGGGAAGCCAGGCAGGCCAGGUGAAGAAGAACCAGAGGGUAUUAGGAGGAAACCAGGUAUACCAGAUGAGGAAGAGCCUGAGGAUAUUAGAAUGAGACCUGGCAGGCCAGAUGAGGAAGAACCAGAGGACAGCAAAAGAAGACCAGGUAGGCCAGAUGAUAAAAUGAGGCCAAGUAGACCAGGUGACAAAGAACCUGAGGAUGAGGGUGAACUUGAUGAUGAUGAAGAAAGGAGACCAAAAAGACCAGGUGCAAAAGACACUAUUACAAAAAGACCAGGUAAACCAGGUGAUGAAGAACCUGAAGACGUUAAGAGGAGACCAGGCAAACCAGGAAAGCCUGGUAAGAUGGGUGUAACAGAACCUGAAGAUGCAAAUAAGAAACCAAGCAGAAAACCUAGCCGGCCUGGUGAAAAGGAACCAGCAACACCGACUAGAAAACCUAGUCAACCUGGUGAUAAGGAACCAGUGACAACUGGCAGAAAACCUAGCCGUCCUGGUGAUAAGGAACCAGUAACACCUGGUAGAAAACCUAGUCAACCUGGUGAUAAGGAACCAGUGACAACUGGCAGAAAACCUAGCCGUCCUGGUGAUAAGGAACCAGUAACACCAGGUAAAAAACCUAGCCGUCCUGGUGAUAAGGAACCAGUAACACCUGGUAGAAAACCUAGUCAACCUGGCGAGAAGGAACCAGUAACACCUGGUAGGAAACCAAGUCGUCCAGGUGAGAGGGAGCCUUCCCCAUUAGUAAGAAAAUCAGUAGAUAGGGAACCUGGAGUGACAAGAAAACCAAGUAAGACAGGAGAGCCUUUGAAGGACAGAAGAACACCUAGCAGAUCAAGUCUUGACAGAGAUGAUGACAUUACACGGCGAAGGAUAUCAUCAACUCGUAGAUCCCCAUUCACAGGAAGGGAAGGCACCCCAGAAUCCGAUGACCUGCGACGAGGAGUACGAAGGGUUUCCCAUCCAAGGAAGAAUUCUCUUGAUUACACUCGGAGACCAAGCCCUGACAUUGAAGGCAGGACUUACAGCACUCAGAGCCUUUCUGGAGUGUCUACUACAAGCUCUGUCCCAAGUUACAUGAGACCUCGAGGUGAAUCUUGCAAUUGCCGUCGCCAUACACCUGAAAGAGACAUUCAUGAAAUUGAAGACUCCAUCCUCAACUCUUACAAGUAUACACGAUGCACCAAGAAGAUCACCAAGCCACCUGUCACCUACCACUACACUUACACAAUUUCACCGGAUCCCUCAGCUGGAGGAGGUGGUGGUGGGUCUUAUUCAGUAUACUUUGGACCAAAAGACAAACCUACCCCUACUCAUGCAGCUGGGUUGCCCACUCGAGUUUCUCCAGCCAGAGAAACUCCGCAAGAUGAUCCUUCAGGGCAGCCAGAGGACAAAGGUCGUCCAAGGGAUCAAGCCCCUGAUCCUUCUGGGCAGCCUGAUGACAAGGGUCGUCCGGGAGUGACCUAUUAUUAUGUAGAUAAAUUUGGACAUCGUGUGCCAGUUCCUGAAGGAGAACGUCCAGAUGAUAAGGGUCGUCCUGGUCACCCUGAUGAAAAAGGUCGUCCAGAUCAGCCUGGUGACCAGGGUCAUCCUGUCCACCCAUCAGAUCACCCUGAUGACAAGGAUCGUCCAGGCCACCCAUCAGAUCGCCCAGAUGACCAGGAUCGUCCAGGAGUGACCUAUUAUUAUGUGGACAAAUUUGGGCACCGUGUGCCAGUCCCAGAAGGAGAACGUCCGGGUGACAGGCGUAGUCCUGAUCGCCCUGACGAUCAAGGACGUCCAAAACAGCCUGAUGACAAGGACCGCCCUGAUGACAAAGAUCGUCCAGGAGUGACCUAUUAUUAUGUAGACAAAUUUGGACAUCGUGUGCCAGUCCCAGAAGGAGAACGUCCAGGUGACAGGCGUAGUCCUGAUCGCCCUGACGAUCAAGGACGUCCAAAACAGCCUGAUGACAAGGACCGCCCUGAUGACAAAGAUCGUCCAGGAGUGACCUAUUAUUAUGUAGACAAAUUUGGACAUCGUGUGCCAGUCCCAGAAGGAGAACGUCCAGGUGACAGGCGUAGUCCUGAUCGCCCUGAUGACCAGGGACAUCCAAAACAGCCUGAUGAUAAGGAUCGUCCUGACCGCCCUGAUGACAAAGAUCGUCCAGGAGUGACCUAUUAUUAUGUAGACAAAUUUGGACACCGUGUUCCAGUCCCAGAAGGAGAACGUCCAGGUGACAGGCGUAGUCCUGAUCGUCCCAAUGACCAGGGUCGUCCAGGCCACCCAUCAGAUCGCCCUGAUGAUCAGGGUCAUCCUGGCCACCCUUCAGAUAAGCCAGAUGAUCAAGGUCGUCCAAGCCACCCCACAGAUCGUCCUGAUGAUAAGGAUCACCCUGAUGGCCAGCCUUCAGAUCGUCCAGGAGUGACUUACUAUUAUGUAGACAAGUUUGGGCAUCGUGUGCCGGUCCCAGAAGGAGAACGUCCAGGUGACAGGCGUAGUCCUGAUCGUCCUGGCCACCCAUCAGAUAAGCCAGAUGAUCAAGGUCGUCCAGGACACCCCACAGAUCGUCCUGAUGACAAAGAUCAUCCAGGCCGCCCUUCAGAUCGCCCUGAUGACCAAGGUCAGCCUGGCCAGCCUUCAGAUCGUCCAGGAGUGACUUACUAUUAUGUGGAUAAGUUUGGACAUCGUGUGCCAGUCCCAGAAGGAGAACGUCCAGGUGACAGGCGUAGCCCUGAUCGCCCUGAUGACCAGGGACGUCCAGGACACCCUUCAGACCGUCCUGAUGACCAGGGCCGCCCUGAUGACAAGGAUCGUCCAGGAGUGACCUAUUAUUAUGUGGACAAGUUUGGACAUCGUGUGCCAGUCCCAGAAGGAGAACGUCCGGGUGACAGGCGUAGUCCUGAUCGCCCUGAUGACCAGGGUCGUCCAGGCCGCCUUUCAGAUCGUCCUGAUGACCAAGGUCGCCCUUCAGACCGCCCUGAUGACAAGGAUCGUCCAGGCCGCCCUUCAGAUCGUCCUGAUGACCAGGGUCAACCUGGGCAACCUUCAGAUCGUCCAGGAGUGACCUAUUAUUAUGUGGACAAGUUCGGGCACCGUGUGCCAGUCCCAGAAGGAGAACGUCCAGGUGACAGGCGUAGUCCUGAUCGUCCUGACGAUCAAGGACGUCCAAAACAGCCUGAUGACAAGGAUCGUCCUGACCGCCCUGAUGACAAAGAUCGUCCAGGAGUGACCUAUUAUUAUGUGGACAAGUUCGGGCACCGUGUGCCAGUCCCAGAAGGAGAACGUCCAGGUGACAGGCGUAGUCCUGAUCGUCCUGACGAUCAAGGACGUCCAAAACAGCCUGAUGACAAGGAUCGUCCUGACCGCCCUGAUGACAAAGAUCGUCCAGGAGUGACCUAUUAUUAUGUGGACAAGUUUGGACAUCGUGUGCCAGUCCCAGAAGGAGAACGUCCAGGUGAGAGGCUUAAUCCCAAUCGCCCUGAUGACCAGGGUCGUCCAGGCCACCCUUCAGAUCGCCCUGAUGACCAGGGUCGUCCAGGCCGCCCUGAUGACCAAGGUCAGCCUGGCCAACCUUCAGAUCGUCCAGGAGUGACCUAUUAUUAUGUGGACAAGUUCGGGCACCGUGUGCCGGUCCCAGAAGGAGAACGUCCGGGUGACAAAGGUCGGCCUGAUCAGCCUAAUGACCCGGGUCGUCCUGGCCACUCAUCAGAUCACCCUGAUGAUAAGGGUCGUCCAGGUCAACCCUCAGAUCACACAGGCAACCAAAAUCUCCCAUCAGGUAGAAGUGACGGUGUUACCUAUUAUUAUGUAGAUAAAUUUGGACAUCGUGUGCCAGUUCCAGAGGGAGAUCAUCCUAGCACUGGAAAGGAAGUAACAAAGCAAGGUGAUGUGACAAGCACUGUGGCGAAAGUAGACAAAACUCAGCAUACUAGCCACCAUCAGGCCACCAGUCAGAGGUUUACCUCACACACUUCACACACAACCCAUCAGACAUCUCGAGAUAUUACUCAUGCCACACGUGAAUCACAUAGCAAUCAACCCCAGACAACUCCAGAGGGAGAUGUCAGGGGGAGAGAAACACAACAGACACCAGACAGAGACACACGACCUACUCCAGAUAGGGACACAAGAGCACCAGCAGAUGGGACAGCUGAUGUGACAUAUUACUACGUAGACCAAUAUGGACAUCGUAUAGCUGCUUCGGAGUAUGACAGGCGUGACAAAUCCACAGCAUCAACAGUCAGUCGUGAGAAGAUGCAACCCGCUACGAGCAUCACUCGUGGAGAUUACCUUGGCUAUGAGCGUGAUGACAAGGGUAGAAUUCUGACUUCUCCAGAAAGACAGUUGAUCACAGAUCAUGGUAAUCGACUUGUAAUGACUGACCGUAGUGGUCACUUGGUCUCGGACCACACAUUUACUACCAUUGACGGACGUCCAACGCACGACCUUCCCGCCGGGUACAUCAGACACGAGCAUGAUGGCGACGGGUCGUGGCGGGUCGUCGGCGGCCGUGAUGCCCACAUGACGUCCACCAGCUGGGAACAGGACCAGCUGUCUGCGAGUGAGCGCCGCUCGCGCGUGGUGACGUCAUCCUCGAGUGCGACCGUCGAGCACACAGGCAGCUCCACCUUCAGCGUCAGCCGCGAGGGAGACGACGCCGGAGAGAUGAGGGAGGGACGCAGCUUCCUCGAGGACCGGUCCAAGGUCACGGGGUUCUCUGACGUGCUGUCUCGCAUGGGCGCCACCGAGGCCGUUGACCCCGAGGCGAAAGUGACGUCAGACGACCAGGCGCGGUCACUCCUCAACCGGUUCCUCGGCGCACAGGUCCUCAUGUCAGGAGUGGAGUCCAUGAUGGCCUCCUCGUCCAUCUCCGAGUCAUCCAAGAUGACGACGGACAGCAGCGGCGCCACGACCGUCACGAAGGAGGCCAGCGGUCAAAGCUCGAGCACGGCAGCCAAGGACGGUGUCGUAACGGACCACAAGAGCUCCUCCUUCAACACAGGCCCUCAGACCACCACUGUCUCCGGUUCAGCCUUGGCCUCGCGCAAGGCCCAAGGAGAGGCAGUGGUUGUGGCUGGGGUUAAUAUAACAGAGGUCACAGACGAUUUCAAACUUAACCAACUGCUUGACUCCUGCGAUGAAUAUGAGGACCGCAGGAAGAUCAGAAUGCGCCUCAAGGCUCUCGUGGCCGAAAAGAAAGGUCUCCGUGAGGAGCUGAGCGGCCAUGAUCAGAGUCGAGGGUCACGUAGUCAGACCUCGACGGCGCAUUCUAGAUUCGAGGCAAUGUCCAAAUCCGCCACUAGUAACACAAAAGACUCUGAUUUGCGUAGCAGUGAGGAUGUGGCCCUGGUUAACGAGUGGUUGAAGGAGAACUUCCCGGAUCAGCGAAGGCCAGGUGGCUCCCGGCCAGGAGACUCCAAGACUUCUUCCACUGUGUCACCCUUCGGCGUGUCCCGCACCUCCAAUACAGAAUCUCGAAGCUCCAGCCAAGUCAAUGUCCAAAAGAGUUCCUAUUCCUCAUCCAGCUCCUCCUAUAAGACUUCCUCCUCCAUGAGCAAAGUUGACAGCAAAAAGGUUGUGUCCCCAUUUGACAAGUUCAAGCAAAUGGACUCGCAGACCCCCCGCACACCAAACUCUAAGUCGAAGUCUGCGGGUGGUGGCCCACUUUUCCAAUUAUCCAGUCAACUUGGUCGCAGCGCCUCAGGGGUGAAGGAUAUGCUGCUGACGUGGUGCCAGUGCCGCACCCGCGACUAUAAGGGAGUAAAGAUUGAGAACUUCAGCACAAGUUGGAACGAUGGUAUGGCCUUCUGCGCUCUCAUCCACCACUUCUACCCAGAUGCCUUUGACUUCGAUAAACUCGACCCCAAGAAUCGUCGUUACAAUUUCGAACUUGCUUUCAGAGUGGCAGAUGAGAAAGCUGGUGUGAUGGCACUCCUUGAUGUUGAGGACAUGGUCAUGAUGAAGAAACCAGACUGGAAGUGUGUCUUCACCUAUGUACAGAGUCUUUACAAGAGACUUAAGGACGAGUGAGAAGAGACAGCCAGAGCUUGUGUAGUACUCUUUCUAACUUUCAUUUUCUCAAAGGUGUAAUUUGAGAAAGUGUACCCUGUGAACUUUAUUUUUAAAGUCUAAGACUUCUGGUUGAUUUCCACUCGUGUCUCGUCCACUGCGACAAGUGGACACAACAGAUGACUGUGUCUACUUCAUCUCGGGAGUGUCUGCAGCCCGUGUCGUGUGUCUGUCGUCUAAUCAUCAUUUGUUCUUCAUUGUCUCCUAGAUCUGAUACAGAAAAUGCCAUGUAGUUUUUUUUCUUUUUUGUUUUUGUUUUUAGUAACACCUAGUAUUUAUUUAUUUAUUGUCCAUAUUCUUCUGGGACCAAAUUCAUGAACAAUCAUCCAGUGGAGUGUGUUCAACGUGAUCGAAAGAAGAAGUUGAAAAAAAAAUAUAUAUUCAAAUUGUGUUCGUAAAAGAUUCCUCAAAAGUGUAUAAAAUUUGGAAAUCUCAAAGAGCACUCAAGGCCAUAUCAGAGUUCCAUGUGUGCUGAAAGAAUGUUGAAAAGUGCUGAGGGGAAAUUCAUCAGUUUUGAUGUCUGAAAAAUAAUUAAAUACUUUUGUAAAUUCCUACAUAUAUAUAUGAAAAAUAUAUAUAUAUAUCUUGUGUUGAAGACAAAAAAAAAAUAUAACAAAAAGCAAAAAAAAAAUAUAUCCAGAAAUUGCUGAAUAUCCCUUUUGGAGCAUGGGAUGUUUAUAUUACUAUGUGUAAACUCGUUCCAAGACUUUUUUCUUCAUUAUUGUAAUUGAAUUUGUGGUAAGAGGCCUCGCGUUCACAUACUCUACGAGUAGUGAAUGCUGUGCUGUGACGUAUGUCUAACAUGUGCUAAACUUUGUUCUCAUAAAGAGCUCAAUAUAUUUGUCUGCAAAGGUAUAUAAUUUAGUUUAGCCUCAUUGAAUAUGAAUAACCAUUAUUAGGGUUAGGGUGAUGCUUUUUAUAUCAAGCUAUUCUGUUCUACAAAUUUUCAGUUUUAUUUCACAGGUCAUAUGUUGCUACUAUGAUUUAGAUACGUAGAUUUUCUAGUAUAUACUCACUGUGCUACAUAUUUUCACAGUCUAUUAGAUAAUUUUUGCAUUAUUAACAUCGUUAUAUAAGUUAUUACAAAAUUGUUGGUAAUAUUAUAUUUGUUUAUUUAAUACCUGCAAAAAAGAAAAAUAGGUAUAAAAUAUUUAAUGUUUAUUUAAAAGAGUCAAAAGUUUAUCAAGUUAAACGUUUUUUUCUGCUCUUUCUUUACAUAUGUUAGAAUAAUAGUUGAUAAUAUAUUUUUUUUCUUUUUUUUUUUUUUUUUACCUUUCGCAGCUAAAUCUAGUAAUUUUGUGCUGUGAUACUAUUGUGACAUAAUCUGGUGCCAAGCAGUGACUUAUAGAUAAGAUUAUCGGUAUAGUAUAUAUUAAGUGACUUAAAUGUUUAAAAGAUAAGACAUUGAAGGGGACAAAGUAAUAGAGAAAUACUGCUUUGCGAAUGGAAUUUACCCCCAAGGUUCCUCUGUUAGGGUAGUGCUUGAAUAUUUUUUUCUUUUUUUUUUUUAAUUCUUUUUUCUUUCUCUCUUUUGUACAGAAUUCUUUAAGCCUUUAUGGCACUACUUCCUUUAGUUUUUAUGUGGGAUACUCUGUGUAUGUAACAUGUUUUAUAAAGUAUUUCUAACCCGUUUCAUAUUUUAAUGAAAGAUAUAGGAUUAUGGCUUCACAAUAUACCACAAUAAUCUCUUAUAUAGCUAAGAAGGAUCUUCAGUAUGUAUGUUAAUGUCAUAUUCGUGUGCUUAAUUACAAACAUUACUAUGCGCUAUUUCCAAGCUUAUGGAGCCUUAUUGCUGAAAAGUUCUAGUAGAAUAAAUGUGAAUAUGA